AUGGAGUUUUCAUCAGAAGAAUGUUGGCAUGCGAAUAUUUUAAGUAUUGAUGGUAGUCAUCUUCUUGGGGCAGCUGCAGGACUCGUGGCUGGUUGUUUGGCGUACUGGUGGCUGACACGACCAUCUUCUUCAUCCGGGAAAUUGAUUGCAAGCGUGGACUUAACUCAGCAAACCAAGGAACUGCCGGUUGGCUUUCACAGACUGAUCUUCAUCGAUUACUGA